ACGUUAGCUUCUGUCCCUUUAAAAAAAUCGCUUUUGGUUUUUUUUAAUGGUUGCAAGCUAUAGAUCAUAAUAAAAAAAUAAAAAAAUUUCCCUCCUUUUUCCUGUUUGCUUGGUAAACAGAACAGCUAUUUUGGAUAUUAAACACCGCUUAUCAUUCGACAAGAGGCUGCAUCGAGGAACUGUUGGGACGGGAUUUUAAGUGAGGAUGGAGGAGGUGCAGCAGAACAGCAAUGGCACUGAAACACAGACUAUCACCAUCCCAACCACUAUCAGCGCCUCCCAGAUCUCACAAAUAGCCCAGCAGAUGUCCUUGGGGGGCUCUCCGGUGACGUUGGUUCAGCUCCCCGGAGGCCAGUUCCAGGUGCAGGGGGUGAUCCAGUCCGCCCAGUCUGUCAUUCAGUCUCCACAGGUGCAGCAUGUGCAGGGCGGGUCCGACACCGACGACUCCCAGGACUCCUCCGACAGUGGAAGCUCCGCCCACAAGUCCCGCGAGAUCCUGGCCAGACGCCCAUCCUACAGGAAAAUUUUGAACGAAUUGUCUGCGGAGGAGCUGACUUCUCGAAACGAGGGAGAGGAGGAGAACCCUUCGUCCACGGUGACCACUGCUAUGACCGUCCCUACUCCCAUCUACCAGACCAGCAGCGGCCAGUACAUUGCCAUCACGCCCAACGGCACAAUUCAGUUGGCCAGCCCGGGCACGGAGGGUGUGCAGACCCUCACCAUGACCAACUCGGGCACCACGCAGGCCGGCCCCACCAUCCUGCAGUACGCCCAGACGCCCGACGGACAGCAGAUCCUGGUGCCUAGCAACCAGGUGGUGGUUCAGAGUGCGGGCGGAGAGAUGCAGACGUUCCAGAUCCGCACCACGUCCAACGCCAGCUCCCUGCCCCAGACCGUGGUCAUGACCUCCCCCGUCAACAUCUCCUCCCAGGCCACCAAGUCGGACGACCCGCAGAUGAAGAGGGAGAUCCGGCUAGCCAAGAACAGGGAGGCCGCGCGCGAGUGCCGCAGGAAGAAGAAGGAGUACGUCAAAUGCCUGGAGAACCGGGUGGCCGUGCUGGAGAACCAGAACAAGACGCUGAUCGAGGAGCUGAAGACAUUAAAAGACCUUUACUGCGUGAAGACAGGGUAACGAGCCGGGAACCAGAACAGGACCGGGCGGCUCGCUAUGGACCACUGGGGACUGGGAACAGCGCUCCGUACUUAACCAUAUUCCUUUCGUUGGUUCCGUUUGGUUUUUUUAUCCUUUUGUUUAAACAAGGUUAUCCGCAGCAGAAUCAAAAAAAAGAAAAGAAAAGAAAACAACGUUUCGGCAAUGUUCGCGUGAAAGCGGGUUAUUUUCCUCCGUUGAGAAAUAACCGACGAAUUCACCAAAAACCAUUUUUAUCUCGUUUUAUUUUAGGGACACACAAGCUGGAAUUGAGAGCAUUAAAAAAAACAAAAAAAAACAAACAAAAAAACAAAAAGAAGAAAACGAGCAAUGCUUUUGUAAUUUUCAGUUUUUUUUCUGCAAGCCAAGGUUUUUUUUUCCUCCAUUUUUAUUAACAUAGCAGUAGGAACGUGCAGUUUUAACCUCUGUAAGAGCCGCGUUGUCGUGAGUGUACCUAUGACUUGUAAUCAUGUAUGUUUUUGUAAGUAAAACACACUUUUCGGUU